GAGAGAGAGAGAAAGGCUACAGGAAGCGAGUGAGUGAGUGACAGAGUGAGCGAGCGCAGCUCCAGCCCCACUGCGCGCUCGGAUACGGGCGGCUCAAAGAGCGCGGACGGAUCCUGCUGCUAUCCGCAGCUCACGAUACAUACACGCAAAACGCGCGCGCGCUCGCUCUUGCACGCGCGGCACGCACGCGCAUAAACACACAAGGCUAGACCAGCCACACACGGCUUAAGGCUGCCAGAGAAGGAGGAGGAGGAGGAUUGCCCAGACCGAUGGCUGCUGCGCGUUCAUGAGGCUCGCCCACUGGAAGACCUUCACGUUCAUACUGGGAUAAUUCAGGCAACUGGGAUCAGUCGUUUUCCAGCUUCUCCUGAUUUCCACGUUUUUCCACGCGCUUUUCGCGCUUGGGAGUAACGUUAUUCCCUGCGCUCGCGCUCUCGAGACUGAUCAGUCUGGGCUCUGCCAGAAGGGGAGGAUUCCUGUCCAGCUGAUCACAACAACAACAAACGAGGAGCAUCAAAGAAGAACAGCCAGCGUCUUCUGCUAAUGAUGAUGAUAUUCUGCUGAUCUUCUGCUGCUUUGAUCUUUCGAGCUUCAGGAUUUCGCACCUGACCUGUAGAUAUAUUGUCUAGUCUAGCCUAUAUUGGUCCAGUCUCUCCACGUAUGUCAUAGGAACCAGAAGAAGAGACAGAACAAGAACCAGACGCAUCUAUUGACCUGACCAGAUUGCAGACCAGCAAUCCAUCCACCUUCUUCCAUUCUUCCAUUCAUCCAUUCAUUCAUCUAUCUAUUAAUUUAUCAAUCUAUCUACAUGCAUCGCUCCACACUGCUGCUGCCACCGCCAUCCUAACCACCGCCACCACCGACCCUGCCCCGACGGUACCAACUGCCAUGUGAACCCUCCGCAUUAUCCGACGCUCUGUGGGUGCAACCAGUUGCAUUCGGCCCCCGUCUUCAUCAUCAUCAGCAGCAUCAUCAUCACCACCAUCAGCAUCAUCAUGGUGGUCUACAACGGCUUGCUAAAGAUCAAGGUGUGCGAGGCGCUCGACCUCAAGCCCACCCCCUGGUCGCUCCGCCACGCCGUCGGCACCCGCACGCAGGGCUUCCUGCUGGACACCUACAUCGCCCUGAACGUGGACGACUCUCGCGUGGGCCAGACCUCCACCAAGCAGAAGACCAACAGCCCCGCGUGGAACGACGAGUUCGUCACCGAGGUCUAUGACGGCAAGAAGAUCGAGCUGUCCGUCUUCCACGACGCGCCCAUCGGCUACGAUGACUUCGUGGCCAACUGCACCAUCCAAUUCGAGGACCUGCUGCAGAACGGCAGCCGCCACUUCGAGGACUGGAUUGACCUGGAGCCUGAGGGCAAAGUGUACGUCAUCAUCGACCUGUCAGGAUCCUCCAGUGAAGCUGCUGCAUCCAGUGAAAAUGAGGAGCGAGUUUUCCGUGAACGCAUGCGGCCCCGGAAGCGGCAGGGGGCGGUACGGAGGCGUGUCCAUCAGGUUAACGGACACAAGUUUAUGGCCACCUACCUGAGACAACCCACUUACUGUUCUCACUGUAGAGACUUCAUCUGGGGAGUGUUAGGAAAGCAGGGCUACCAGUGUCAAGUGUGUACCUGUGUGGUCCAUAAACGAUGUCACGAGCUCAUCAUCACAAAGUGUCCCGGCCUGAAGAAGCAGGACGACACUCCAGAGGAGGUCGGUUCACAACGCUUCAGUGUGAACAUGCCUCACAAGUUCAGUAUUCACAACUACAAAGUACCUACCUUCUGCGACCACUGCGGCUCGUUACUGUGGGGGCUGCUGAGACAGGGGCUGCAGUGCAAAGUCUGUAAGAUGAAUGUUCAUCGGCGCUGUGAGACUAACGUAGCUCCUAACUGCGGAGUAGACGCUAGAGGAAUCGCUAAAGUCCUGUCGGAUCUCGGAGUGACGCCAGACAAAAUCUCCAACAGUACCCAGCGCAGGAAAAAGCUGACUCCAGGUCAGGAAGCCCAGCCGUCCGCCUCAGAACCGGCCUCAUCAGACGACUCCGACCGCUGCAAAUCAGCGCCGACGUCACCAUGUGAUCAGGAGCUAUCAGAGCUGGAAAGCAUACGGAAAGCGUUGUCGUUUGGCCAGGAGCACAAGUCUUCCUCCUCCUCCUCUAUGAGUGGUGGGCUUCAGGGCACAGGAAGCGAGGGCCGCGAGAACGGAGACUUGAAGAGCAUCCAGUCGAAGAGGAUGAACCUGACUGACUUCUCCUUCAUCAAAGUACUGGGAAAGGGCAGCUUUGGAAAGGUGAUGCUGGCGGAGCUGAAAGGCUCUGAUGAGGUUUACGCUGUAAAGGUGCUGAAGAAAGACGUAAUCCUGCAGGACGACGAUGUGGAUUGCACCCUGACUGAGAAACGCAUCCUGGCUUUGGCCAGAAAACACCCCUACCUGACCCAGCUCUUCUGCUGCUUCCAGACCAAGGAUCGGUUGUUCUUUGUAAUGGAGUAUGUGAAUGGAGGAGAUCUGAUGUUUCAGAUCCAGCGCUCGCGGAAGUUUGACGAGGCUCGCUCGCGUUUCUAUGCUGCUGAAGUUACUUCUGCCCUAAUGUUCCUGCACCAACAUGGCGUCAUCUACAGGGACCUGAAGCUCGACAACAUCCUGCUGGACGCCGAGGGUCACUGUAAGCUGGCGGACUUCGGCAUGUGUAAAGAAGGCAUCCUGAACGGCGUCACCACCACCACCUUCUGCGGCACACCGGACUACAUUGCUCCUGAGAUCCUGCAGGAGCUUGAGUACGGGCCGUCGGUGGACUGGUGGGCGCUGGGGGUCCUGAUGUACGAGAUGAUGGCGGGUCAGCCCCCGUUUGAGGCGGAUAACGAGGACGAUCUGUUUGAGUCUAUCCUGCAUGACGACGUGCUGUACCCGGUCUGGCUCAGCAAGGAGGCCGUCAGCAUCCUCAAAGCAUUCAUGACGAAGAGUCCGAAUAAACGGCUGGGAUGUAUGGUGUCUCAGGGCCUGGAGGAGGCCAUCAAAGUUCAUCCCUUCUUCAGAGAGAUAGACUGGGUUCUCCUGGAGCAGAGGAAGAUAAAACCUCCAUUCAAACCACGCAUCAAAACCAAGAGGGAUGUGAAUAAUUUUGAUCAGGAUUUCACACGGGAAGACCCCGUCCUCACUCCUGUGGACGACGCCAUCAUUAAACAGAUCAACCAGGAGGAGUUCAAAGGCUUCUCAUACUUUGGAGAAGAGACAUUGGCCUGAAAUUUAGCAGCGUGGAACCAUUCCACACUGAUACACACUCAUACACAUACAUGUACACCCUUACACUCACACACACUUGCACACACACAAAAACAUAUACGUACGUCUGGUGAGAAAUGUGAAUGGGCAGAAGUGCUGGUGACAGGGUAGGCUAAAACUGAGGCUAAAGAUAUGGCUAAGGCUAUAUGACUGUGUCUAAGGAUAUGGCUUAGGCCAAGGCUAAGGCUAGGUCUUUUUUAAGGCUGUGGCUAAGGCUAUAUGGCUAAGAAAAAUGCUAGGCCUUUGCUAAGGCUAUAUGGCUAAGGCUAGGGCUUAGGUCAAGGCUAAGGCUUGGGUUUUUUUGCGGCUGUGGCCUUAGGCUAUAUGAAAAAAGACAAAGGCUAGGUCUUUUGCUAUGUUGCUACGGCUAUAUGAGUAUGGCUAAGGCUAUGGCCUAGGCAAAGGCUAAGGCUAGGUCUUUUGUUUAGGCUAUAGCUAUAUGACUGUGGCUUAGGCCAAGGCUAAGGCCAUGGCUUUAUGGCUAAGGCCAUGACUAAGGCCAAGGCUAAGGCUAUGUCUUUUGUUAAGGAUAUGGCUUUAUGGCUAAGGCUAUGGCUAUGGAUUAGGCCAAGGCUAAGGCUAGGCCUUUUGUUAAAUUUAUAUCUUUAUGGCUAAAGCUAAGAAUAUGGCUUAGGCCAAGACUAAGGCUUGGUCUUUGUUAAGGCUAUGGCUAUAUGGCUAAGGCUAAGUGGCCGCAGUCAAGACACAAGGUCACGGUGUGCAUCUGAAGCUACUACUUCUUUCCUACUCCUCCUCCUUCUUCUUUUAUUUUCCUUUCUUUUGUUCUUCUGUUCUUUUGUUCUUCUCCAGACGCUUCCUCCUCUCGCCUUCUUUCACUUCAGCUCUUUCCAUACUAAAGCCUAUCCAGCCGCACCAGUAUUCCCAGUUCAGGGUUUUUACAGACUGCUCUAGAGCCAGCGUGUCCUAACGAGGGGGCGGGUUUUGCACUCUUAAACCAAAACCUGAGGAAACCAAUGAUUGUACUGCCGUAUCACCAGAAUCAGGACGAAACACUGAUUAUAAUGACGAGGAUGAUGAAGAAGAUAAUGAAGAUGAUGUCAAAGAAGAAGAAGAGGAAGAAGAGCGUGCCCUGCAUAACUGACAAUGAAACCAAUGUAUUGUGCUGUGCAGUCCAAUGCCUUUUUUUCGUGUGUGUUCGUUGGAACUUUUUGGGAGCAAUUUUUUAACGUAAAAAAAAAGGUUUAUAGUAAAUUACAGUAUAUUCCCAUAUUCACAGUGUUAGUAUGGAGGUCAGUAAAGGCCGACGGCCUGCUGUAUUCAUUGGGGUUGUGUUGAUAUAAGGUGUUGACUUAUUGGCACAGUGUCCAUAUGCAUGCGUCUGCAUGAGUGGGUGCACGUGCCAUUAAUUAUUUAAAUUAAAUAUUUUUUAAAAAUCUUAAUUUUUGAAAUUUUCAAUGUUUUAUUUGGUUACGUUUAACAAUAAAGCUCACAAAUAACAGUACUUGCGACAAUAAAAAAAAACAAAAAAAAUUGUUAAAUGAUAGACAUUAUUAAACAUUACUUUUAACUUUUAAAGGACCAAAAAGUAGGAAUUCUUUGUUUUGUCAGCAAAGCUUUAGCCAGUAUGUCCUUGUUUCAAAAGUGUGGUACGUCAUGGUAAUCUGUGUGGGGUUUAGCCUACAAAUCUGCCCACUGCCGUUCCCUCAGUCCCAUUUCCACACCCUGGAUUGCCGGGUAUAGAACACAAUAGCAGGCAAACAGUUAGCUAGCUAUAGUUGUCUUUUUAUUUAUUUAUUUAUUUAUUUUUAUUUCUAAAUUUAAGUGCUCACAUUCAUACUCAUCAUCGCUUGCCACUGUAUAUAUAUAUAUAUAUAUAUAUAUAUAUAUAUAUAAUGUCACAGUUUAGCCCGUGUCUGUCUCGUUGUGUCUCCCUCUCCUGGUCUAUUGUGCUCCUGCCCCUCUGUUUACCUGUCAUGUGUUCCCUGCCAUGUGCUUGUGUUGUGUUUUUGUACCUGUUUCCGCCCUAGCCCCGCCCUAGUCCCGCCCUAACCAUUAGUGUUCUCACCUGUGUCUUGUUUGUAACCCUGCCCCCUCGUUAUCCAAGCCCAGGUGUUCCUCACUCUCCUCAGUUAUUUAAGCCCCUCUGUUUGAGCGUUCAGUGUUGAGUCUUUUGUAUCCUUAGUAUCUUUGUAUCCUUAGUAUCUUUGUAUCCUUAGUAUCUUUGUAUCCUUAGUAUCUUUGUAUCCUUAGUAUCUUUGUAUCCGUUGUAUCUUUGUAUCCUUGUCCUCUGUAUGUAAGUGUUCCAAGUUUGUUCAGGUUGUAAUCUUUGUGUUCUCAGGUUAUUUUAUGUUUAGAGUUAUAUUUAGAGUUUCAUGUUUCCUCAGUUUUUCUAGUCUUUGUCUUAGUUAGAUUUUAUAUCCUUGUCUUGUUUUUUUUGAGUUAUUGCGUUACCC